UUGGGAUGGUUUGUUGUACACAUAGUUCGGCAUAGUGAAGAAGACGCGCGCGUGAAUUUGCGCGAGAGAAUGUGCAGGAAAGUAAAAUAAAAUUUUCUUUUUGUGAGAAAAUUUAAAGCGAGGUGUGUUGUUUUUCAUUCCGCGCGAAACAAGAAAAAUAAAAGAAGAAGUGUGAGCGAGACAGCUGUCUGUAUCUCACAUUGCAUGAAACUAAAAAGAAAAGAGAUACCAUGCUCUUCAUGCAUGACGUCACUGAUUGUUUCUUAUUAAUAAAAUGACCUGAAAGAAAAUUAAUUUUCACAAGAUUAUAUGCUUCUUGUGUUGACAUUGAAGUUUAUUUUAAUAAUCUUAGCUAUUAUUCUUAAAUUUUUCUUUCAAUUUCCUUUUAUUUUUUCAAGAAAAUUUUAAGAAAGGGAAAAAACAAAAGCACGAAGAUUGUAGUGUUGUCUCUUUCAUGAAUGACAGCCAAGUCAGUGUUCGGCACAAUUCGCGGCGAGAUCGCGAAGGUAUGACCGAGCUGUCACGAGGUGUUUGAGCGAAAGUGGUGUGCAGUGUGUUUGAGGAAAGACGAAUAUCGCGAGGUGACGCACCAUUAAAAACGCGUUUUAUCCCAACCAUCCAUUGCUGAAAGUGGUGUUAAAGUUGCUGGCGCGCGAGGCUUUGGCACCGGCAACACAAUGGAGAACACAUAUGGGAUAAGUGUGGACAAUCGCUAUGAAUUGUUUUACAUAGACGACGAGGCGACGGACCCACUCGAGGCGAUUGCCGUGAAAAAGAAGGCAACCAAGGAGAAGCCCAAGGAGGUCCGCAAGGGGGCAGCUGAGAAGGAAAAUAAGGCUGCCACGAUAAACAAAGUGCCCGUGCGCACCGUGCCAGCCCCCACUAAGGCUGUCGCACCCACCAAGGCCACACCGGAAAAGCCCAACCGGCAGACGCGCGAUGAAAAACCCGCCCCCAAGCGAGAUGAUAUAGCCUUUUCUUUGCCAGCAGAUAUCGUGGAGAAGAAGAAUCGGCGCAAUCGUGAGCAAACUGAACGUGUUGUGGCUAACGGUGUGGGAGGAGGUGAUGAGAAGCCACGCAGGCGUAAGUUUGAGGGACGUGGAAAACGUGAAUUUGACCGGCAAUCUGGAAGUGACAAAACAGGUGUGAAGGCAGUUGACAAGCGCGAAGGUGGUGGCGCCCACAAUUGGGGUUCCCAUAAGCAGGAAGUUAUUGACGAAUUGGCACCCAAACCCCAUCCGGCAGAAUUGUAUGAAGGUGAACCACGAGCAGAGACCCAGGACAACCAUGAGGAAAAUACAGUGAAUCAAUCACCAAACCAAGAUGAGGAAACCAAAGAGCUCACGCUGGAUGAAUACAAGGCAAUGCGUGCUGGCAAGUCGAAGCCGCCGCAGUACAAUUUGCGAAAAGCUGGCGAGGGUGAGGAUCUGAGCCAGUGGAAGAAGAUGGUGGCCCUGGAGGCCAAGAGACCAUCCGGCGAUGAAGACGGCGACAACGAUGCCACAUCCUUCCAGCAGAGAGCCACACGCCAGAAGCACAUUCUCGAUAUUGAGUUCCACUUCAACGACGGACGACGGACUGGACAGAUGGGACGUGGGCCACGCGGCGGACGCCCCAGGGCUCCAAAUGCUCCCGGUGGUGGACGGCAAAUGGGCCGCAAUCGACGCAAUGAUGGGGAUGAACGACCACAGCCACGGAAUACUGAAUCGAAUCGCUCACAUUACCGCGAUGAUGGGCAUUUGCAUGCUGCCCCUAAGGUGGAUGAUGAGAAGGAUUUCCCAUCGUUGGGCCUCAUGAACACUCAGGUGGUGCGGCCCGUGAAAGCGGCUGCCAAGAUUGUGCCCAUUUAUGCAAAGGAGGACGCCAAGUGAGCGCCCCCCGCCGAUUGCUCCCUCCCCCGCAUACAAAAUACCCACACACACACCCCCCGUAAAAUCCCUUCCCGCGGAGGAUUUUUUUUCAUUUGAACAAAAUAAAAAAAAAUGAAUGAAAAACUUAUCACAUUUAUUUCGUCGAACUGAUGGAUUUACGAUUGCUAGCUUAACAAGAAUAGUGCUGAAUUCUUUUUUUUUUGAAUAAGGACGCGUGAGGAGAGAAAAAUUGUAAUUCACAUAUGGAUAUAAAUGUAGAGUGUAAGAUUGAAAUGCAUAAUAUUGAAAUUAAUAAAACAUGUAACAAGAA